GCGAAGAGCAAGUGUUUUCUCGAAAGCAGUGCUUUGUCAAAUCGAUCUGUAUGUGUCCGCGUGAGCGUGUGUGAAGAUUGUCGUUACAUAUAGAGUACCUACCCCAAAAGAUUUAUGGUCCAAACGGAAGAAUAAACCAUCACCCGUGGAAAGCCUAGUGUCGAAAUCAAUCAAAGCAAAACGCGUGUGUGCGAUCGGUAUUCGGCGGGGUGAAGGUGGAACUGUCUGAGGUUUUUGUUUUGGGAAGAAGCAUUGAAGAUCGACAAAAAAAAAGUUUCAAAAGAAAAUAAAAGUUUGCAAAUUUUUCGCUUCACGGUGUUUAACCAGCUGUGCCGAAGAUUGACGCGGUUGAAUCCAAACAAUGAAAAAUCGGGCCCACUUGCGGGCAGAAGACGGCCAUGUGGUGUGACAGCUGAGGCGAAUAGUUAGUCUAAAAAGAAGCGAAACUUUUCCGAUAGCGGCGAAUGUAUACAAAAAAUGUCGAAAUCCAGCUGGUCAGCGACGACGAAUAGUGAAACUCGUGUAGCACAAUGUUAGCCGUCGACUGUCUGGUCGGGGGAUUGCUGCUCAGUUCGAUCGGUGUGAAUAUCCUAGCGUUGGGGGCUUUCUGGGUCACCCCAAGUCUCCGGACGACGGCCAAUCGAUUUGUGAUUAACUUGCUGAUUGUGAACUUGGUAUGCUGUAUAAUUUUGGGCCCAUCGCUGCUUUUGAAUGCAUUUACAUCGAAAACGACGACGGUUUCAGCGGCAGCGUCUUGGUCGACGCCGUCGCCUGUCUUGGUGUUGGCCGAGGCCAAUGCAACGACCUCCGGCAAUGGAGCCGGCCGGGGGGCUGGACUCCUUCCGUUGGCCAUCCUGCGGAAUACAACAGGAACGGGGGCAGCCGGCAGUGAGCACAACAGUGUAAAUAAAACCGAUAGGAUAGUUAGAUGCUCGAACCUUACCACCAUCGAAUGUGAUAGUAUAUUGAUAAGAAGUAAUGUAAAUAUUGAAGAUGUGCUACAAAUUAAACCUAGCCGAGAAGAUGUAAUCGAUUCGAAGCUGACGCUUACGAAGAUUAGAUGUUGGGGGCUCGACUUGGUCGUUGCCCUUGGUGCUCUUUCUGUGCUACUAGUGGUGGGAGAUACUUGGUGCGCGAUAACCGACCCGUUGCGGUACCACUCGCGGAUUUCUGAUCUUAAAUCAUGGGCAUUUAUAGCCGGUACCUGGAUCCUGGGCAUUGCCUUCGGGAUAGCGUCCGGAUUUCGUGGGGACCAGAAGAAUAUAACGCUGUUCAACAACCGACUGACGAGUGCGGAAGCAGCGGCAGCCCUUGAAGCUAGUCAUUUGGGUAAAAAUUUCUCGGCCAGCUACCGGGAUAAUGUACUAAUAAAUCAUCUCAACAUUUCGGAGGAUUUGUACAACACGAUUUUCUCCUACACAUACUUUGUGAUUGUGAUACUGCUACCAUUUGCGCUCGUAUGUGCCAUGUACUGGCGUAUAUUCAGUGAGGCGCGUGAGAGUGGCCAGCGGAUGCGACAAAACGGGUCUUCGCCAUUGCUGCAGAGUGCACUGAAUUUGGCAGCUGUGAAGCAGGCAGAAAAACAAGCCGAACAACAGCGCCAGCUAGCCGACCGGGAUGUUUGCGACGGUCUGACAAUGAAAAUCGAUAAACAGAUUCAUUACGAGGACGAAACCAUCACUGUGAACAGUAUUCAACACUGUAAUAAUAGUAUUAAAAUCAAAGAUUCCUGCUUAAAACCACUGUUACAACAGUCCCCAACGCCGACCCCUACUCCGGUUCACCUGCCCCGUGGCCUCUCGGAGGAGAAAUCGGCCAUAGUACAAAUAGAAAAUAACAUCAGCGUUUCGCCACUGUCCACUCCGGUUGGCAAAUUAAAAACAUCACUGAAGCCGGAUCGAAAUCACAACAUACUGCUAUCGCCCAAUGGGGCGGCAGACGAUUUCGGUCUCAGCGAAACGUCUGGAAAAAUCCGUCGCAAUCACAGCGCAGGACGGCUUGUUAGCUUUAGUGAACAAAAUCAGGAACUGCGACCCGGACUGCGGCAGGUUCACUCCACCCCAAAUUUCCAGCAGUUAGAAUCGGCCGAGUUCGACCACAUUGGCAACCAUCACAUCCUGUCCCUGCCGGCAGUCCAUGUGCCUCCGAAGGCAUUGAGCUACAUGACAUCGAUCCGGCACCGAUUAUCUAACGCUUCCUCGCUCUUCAAGUAUCGUGAGGAGUCACGUGCCGCUCGAAUCAGUAUACUAGUGAUAAUUAUGUUUCUGGUCUCGUACCUUCCGUACGGGAUUCUGGUACUCAUGCAGGGUCACGUGGAUCUGUUCCUGGUGUCGGACCAAGCCUUGCUCGCCAUUUUUACCGUUGUUAUUGCGAACCUGAGUUCACCGUUCAUUUUUGCCUAUCGCAACAAGCGGGUGCGCCGAUCCGUGAAACGACUUCUCGGAAUCGACAAGAAGACAAACGAGCGGCUUCAGAAGCUGACCAGUUGUAAUACCCAACUCAACAAUAACAACAACUACAACGCCAAUAUCAGUUUCCACAAUGCCGCCACCAACGGAAUGGACGGUGGAGCGCCAUCGCUCGUCGAUGGAAGCCCGCACCAUCACCACAAAUCCCACAAGGUGCGCAUCGCAGCCGCCGGCCUCUCGAGGAGCAACAGUUCCUGCAAGUAUUUGACCCCGAACCACGCGGCGGCCGUGGCCGUGGCCAACGGUUUCAUCGUCGAGUUCGAGCGAUACCCGUCGGACGAGCUGAACAGCCUCUGCAUCCAGAAGAAGUCGAUCCUGAAGCGGGUUUGCGAUAGUUCCCGGAAGUGGGGCUGCAACUUUGCCACCAAUUCCUGCACCAGCAACAACGACGAGCAGACCGAGGUAUAGCUGUAAGGUGUGUCUUUUUAGAGUCAAGUUUUUUUUUUAUUUGGAACCAAUCGACCGAUUUGGAUCGAUGUUUCUAGUAGGAAUGAAGAGAGCCUUUUCGGUAGGAAUCGAGCGAAAACAAUUGAAAUUGAAAUGUUCAGUUAUGUCGAAUGCGGACACUCACUUUGUAUGCUUAGAUUGAUGAAUAUGAUGAUAUGUUUUGUCUUGUUUUUCUUUUGUUUUUUUUUUUUUU